CCCCGAAUUGGCAAACAUCAAACGUUACUAAUUAAGAUCCCUAGCCAAACCUCAAAAUGACGUCCCAUUCUAACAAAUUGUUCAUUACUCCCAUUGUCCUCGUCACCCUGAUCUCCAUCUCCUACCACAUCUCAAACGCCGCAGAUUUCUGCGUGGCAGAUUUCGAUAUCGGAUUUCAGACCCCAAGUGGAUACCCUUGCAAGAACUUGUCUUUGGUCAGCGCUAGCGACUUUAAAUACUCUGGCCUCGUCACCGGCGGCAGCACCGCGAACAUGAACAAAGUAAGCAUCAUUCGUGCUUUCGUCCAACAGUUUCCGGGCCUGAAUGGGCUAGGCAUGGGAGCGGGCCGGCUGGACAUCGUGCCGGGAGGUGCCAUCUCGGCCCACACUCACUGGUACGCGUCGGAGAUGAUCUACGUGGUGGAGGGGACCGUCACCGCAGGGUUCGUCUCCGGCGUGGCCACCAAUACCGUGUACCUCAACAAGCUGAGCAAAGGAGAGAUUAUGAUCUUCCCACAAGGAUUGGUUCACUUCCAGGUCAACACCGGGACCGACACCGCCGUCGUUUUGGCUACGUAUGGGAGUGAGGAUCCGGGCACUCAGAUCAUUAGCCCGGCCUUGUUUGGCAACAAUCUGCCGUCUUUCCUUGUUGAGAAAGCUACCAAUAUUGAUGAGGCUGAAGUGAAGAAGCUCAAGGCCCUUCUUGGCGGCUCUGGCUAGCUACAACAAUUAAGUGGCGUGCGUGACGUGAUCAUCAUCGUAUAAUCAAGAGAAAUAAUAUUUGAUGUAAUAUAAAUAAGCGGUUGAAAGAUGAAUAAUGAUGUAAUAUUGAUGAAGUAAAUGUUGAUGAUCCUACGCCCUAUGUUUAUUUCGUAGUCGUGGGUUGAUCAAUAGACUGAUGAAAAGAAUUUCUCUUCAUUUUCUUAUGGAGAUCAUGAAAUAAAGCUCCUAACGGUAAUAUUAACAAGGGUCAACUCAACUAGGGACCAAAGGUGUUUGAUAUGAUUUUGUGGUUGAAUAGUAUGGUGUAAUCCCGAAAACCCUAUCUCUCAACUAGCUACAACCAAGCCCUACCCAAAAAACUAGCUCCGAAACUAAGUCGACAAGGGAAUUCGUAAUUGGUCUGAGAUCGUUUCUAUUAGAACGGAUUGAGCAAUCGACAAUGCAAGACAACAAAGAAAACAUAAAUUUACGCAGUUCACACUAAAAUGAUGUGUGUUGGCCAUGUUCACGGAUAUGAGAAAGCAGUUUCACUAUAGGUAAAGAAAGACAAAUUAUAGAGAUUAAGAAGGCAUAUACCUUUUCCAUAUGGUAUAACUUAAUCCAAUCGAAACCAUCGUGACUUCAAUUCGACGAUAGAUAAUCUGUUUUCAAGUCAUAUUUGUGUUUUUCGUUUGAGUUUUUACUUUUUAGGGAUUCCUCUAAGGACUUAGGUCUUCGUGAAGUAAUGAAAGGACUAAAGUUACUCUACCUGUGAAUUGUUUUAACUUUUCCAUUGAAAAUAGUUUUUAUAAAUUAUUUGAAUGUGUCCAUAUAAUAAAAAGACAAAAAAAGAUAAAGACUAAAACAUAAGAAUAGACUCAUUAUUUAAUGGGUUAAUACCUUAUUCUAUGGAUUAUUUAAUGGGUUAAUAAAUUAUUUGAAUAUGA